CCCCUAUUUGAGCAGCACCACUAAUUCCAGAACAAACCUCCAUAGCUGCUCAUCUCCCUCCGACAAAGCAAUUUCGAGUUUAUUCACUGGCUCAGUAAUGGCGGAACUAGCAGCAACUCCAGGAAGUGAUAUUCCUCUGAACCAGACUAUUUACAUUAAACGACUCAACGAGAAGAUCAAAAUCGAUGAAUUGAAGAAAUCGCUGCACGCAGUUUUCUCACAGUUUGGGACUAUUCUGGAAGUUUUGGCCUUUAAAACCCUAAAGCAUAAAGGACAAGCCUGGGUCGUGUUUGAAGAUCCUUCCUCGGCUGCCAAUGCUCUUCGUAAGAUGCAAGGCUUUCCUUUCUACGAUAAGCCUAUGAUCAUACAGUACGCCAAGACGAAAUCCGAUAUAAUAGCAAAGGCGGAUGGUACUUUCGUACCUCGAGAGAAGAAGAAGAGGCAAGAUGAGAAAGGGCGAAAGAAAAAGGAUCAGCAAGAUGCAAGCCAAGCUGCAGUUGGUCUAAAUCCUGCAUAUCCUGUUCCGUACGGCACUGUACCUCCACUACCAUACAUGGGUGGUGUAAAUCCUGCCUUGCCAGAGGCUCCUGCACCGCCAAAUAAUAUUCUGUUCAUCCAGAAUCUUCCUCACGAGGCUACUUCGAUGAUGCUACAAAUGCUCUGCUGUCAAUACCCUGGAUUCAAAGAAGUUAGGAUGAUUGAAGCAAAACCUGGGAUUGCUUUUGUAGAGUAUGAGAACGAGAUGCAAUCGACCAUUGCAAUGCAGGCACUUCAGGGUUUUAAGAUAGCAAAUGACAACCCAAUGAUUGUUACUUAUGCCAAGAAGUAGUUGAUGGCACUCCCCUUGUCUUGUUUAGUUUACUCAGUCGCGCUUAAAUUUCUCAUUAGGCUGUGAAUUAUUUAUGAGGCUUUUUGGUUUCUAGAUGUCUAGGGUAGCUGUAAUUACUUACACCUUGAUGCAAUGUUCACCUAGAUGUUGUUCCUCUGUAUCUUGGUGGCUAAACCCUGCAAAGAUUCUUUAUUUAUCAUUAUUUGUAUCUGUUUAGCUUCUUUUUUUCUUUGGCUCCUUGAGAUUGAAUAUGUAUUUUCCCUCCGAGAUUUGUUGCAGCAAAAAAGAUUUAGCUGCUGCUUAUUUCUUAUGCUCAAAACAUCAAACAACAAACAGAAUUGUUCCUUUUCACUAAGUCAAUGAUAUUGUCCUCCAAUCAAGAGUGGCCAUUGUCACAAGUCACUCACAACCCCUCUUAGUAAACUGACAUUACUGUUACACCCUUUCUAAUUCAGUAUUGUGUUUGUCCAAUUGCUCCUUCAACUCCUUCAUCCAUCCUUGAAUUAGCCUUUCUUGCUGAUGGAUAAGCUCAUCCUUCAAUUUCAAUUCUUCUUCCAUUCUGGUAAUCUCCUGUUAGAUUAGCAAAAUUUUAAGGCAUGAAGUAAACAUUAUGGAGCUGAAAUGAGGAGAGGUGAAAGAGGCUAAGAGUAACACCAUCUUGUUCUGCAAUCUGCAUUUUUAAAAGUUUCUUACCGUCCGAAGGGUUUCUGCUUUGGUAGGCUGAUCCUCCCGCUGCAAACUAACAAAAUAGAGUUGAAGCUUCUUUGCAGCCACCAUGAAAUCUCUGGCAUGUCGCUCCACAUCAACUGCAGAAGUCAAAGUUAUCGCCUCAUUUAGCAAAACCAGGGAAGGUCUUCCCUAGAGACAAAAUCGAAAUCGUUGAAUUCAAAACAUAACUUUCCAUCAAAUGCCUCCUAUAUUUUGCAAACCUUCUCUUCCAAGAGAAUAAAAAACGGAAAAAUAUUGGUCCCUUACAAAAGAGCUACAAUGAAACUGAGAAAUUUAGAACAGUAAGUUUCAAAUCCGAAUGGGAAAAUUAUACAAAAGUGCAACAUAAAAUAUUGAAGUGACUACAAAAUACUGCAUAAAUGAUCACGAAAACUAACUAAUGUAAAGUUCACACGGUACAACACAAAGCAACUGUGAGUUCAAUGUCUGACAAUUUAAUUAUGUUUAGGAAUAUAGCUGCCACACGCCAGUCACAAAGAAAUUUCAAGAGAAUUAUGUAUAAUGUAGUAUCAUUACUCAAAAUUUUAUGGCAUCUCAAGAUGCAAAUCAUAUAAGAAAUUACUUAAAAGAAACAUCAUGGUGAAAUAGAUUCAUGCUACAGACGAAUCAAUGCACUAACUCUGAUGUGAAGGAUGAGGAGAACGGUCGAUGGCUUGGAGUUCCCGGGCAGGCAAACACGGGAGCAAAGCUGCCUCCAAUGCCAUUACAUAGCCAAUCAUAUCAUCCUUGGAUGCUGCAGCAGCAGAAGCAGGAGAUUGUGAAUCAAGUCCAUGCAGUUGAUCAGCUGGUUGCCUCUCCGCCAUAAUAAUUCUUAUAGUGAUCUUUCAAAGCCCAAUAGAUUCUAUAACUGCCGAAAUAACAAAAAGAGUAGCCAAAUCCAAUAUAUUAUAAGAGAUCAUAUGCAACAAAGCCCUAAAAUCCGUUCAACGAAAACAAAAAUUGGCACAAACGAGAACCCCUCAAUUUACUCAGGCAAAUUAACAAACAGGUUUUGCGCAUGAUGACUGUAAAACAUGGAAGGAAAACAAGCGCAGCCCAUGUGGCCGUCCAGGUGGUCGGAGAAAUUACCUAACGGAAAAACUGAGAUUUCUCACUGUUCGAUCGGCUUAACGACGGAGACCGCCGGAAUUCAACUGGUUAACCCCGAAUCCUCCCGGACUACUUGGGAGGUUUUUGUUAAUCGAGAGAAUGUGAAAUGACUAUUCAGUAAAUGGUAUGAACAUAAUCGACAAGGACGAUUAAGUCCUUAUGUAUUUAAUGAUUUAAGCAUAGGAUGUGAAUGUGAUCAUGUGUUUA